CGACUUUCUGCGACUUUCAAAUGACAUAUUGAAUAAAAUAGAUUUGUUUGGCCAGAAUUCAUUGUUUUGCUAAAAUGUGUGCGGCCACUUAAAUAGUUCUAUAAAUAUUUAAAAACUGCGCAUAUAAAUAAAGAACGAUGAGAACCCGCAGCAAUUCAGGUGUCCGAUUGGAUUAUUAUCAAAGACUUGUGCACAAGUUAAUUUUAGAUCAUCAGCAACCAGUUACAGGAUUAUUUCCUGCAAGUCCUCAAAAUGAUCAUGCGUGGAUUAGAGACAACCUUUAUUGUAUAUUGGCGGUCUGGGGGCUAUCGAUGGCUUUCAAGAAAAUUGCCGAUCAAGAUGAAGAUCGUGCAAAAACAUAUGAAUUGGAACAAAGUUGUGUAAAACUGAUGAGAGGUUUGUUGAUGGCAAUGAUGCAACAAAAAGAUAAAGUUGAAAAAUUCAAGACUACACAACAUCCUAUGGAUUCACUACAUGCUAAGUAUUCAUCAAUAACUGGCCGUAUAGUGGUCAAAGAUAAUGAAUGGGGUCAUUUGCAAAUUGAUGCAAUUUCAUUAUAUCUUCUCAUCCUAGCACAAAUGACUGCAUCUGGCUUACAGAUUGUUUUCUCCCUUGAUGAAGUUGCUUUUAUUCAAAAUUUAGUGUUUUACAUUGAAUCUGCAUACUGUACACCAGAUUAUGGCAUUUGGGAGCGCGGUGAUAAAACAAAUCAUGGUUUACCCGAACUCAAUGCCAGCUCUAUUGGAAUGGCAAAAGCAGCACUGGAAGCUAUGAAUGAACUUGAUCUAUUUGGUGCCCGUGGUGGUCCCUCAAGUGUCAUACAUGUUCUGGCAGAUGAGGCACAGAAAUGUCAAGCUGUUUUACAGUCUAUGUUGCCUAGAGAGUCAAAUAGUAAGGAAUUAGAUUCAGGUCUCCUAUCUAUUAUAAGCUAUCCAGCAUUUGCAGUAGAUGAUCCUCAACUUAUAGCUAAAACUAGAGAUACAAUAGUAACAAAACUCCAAGGGAAAUAUGGAUGUAAGAGAUUUUUAAGAGAUGGUCACAAAACACCUAGAGAAGAUCCUAAUAGACUUUAUUAUGAGCCAUGGGAGUUGAGAAUGUUUGAAAACAUAGAAUGUGAAUGGCCAUUAUUCUUCUGUUAUCUCAUACUUGACUAUUGUUUCCAAGGAGACAAAAACAAUGUGGCAGAAUAUAUGCAGAAAUUGGAAAAGAUAAUGAUAAGGAAAGAUGAUGGAAUGAAACUUGUUCCGGAGUUAUAUUCUGUGCCUGUUGAGAAGGCUGAUGCUGAACAAUGCAAUCCCGGAAGUCAGGAAAGGAUACCACUUGGUAGAUGUCCAUUUAUUUGGGCACAGUCAUUGUACAUACUUGGGAAAUUGUUACAAGAGGGUUUUCUAGCCGUUGGUGAAUUAGAUCCAUUGAACAGAAGACUGUGUUCAGAGAAAAAGCCAGAUGUGGUUGUUCAGAUUGUCAUAUUAGCGGAAGACAAUGAGAUCAGAGACAAAUUGUUAGAAUAUGACUUACAUGUUCAGACAAUAAGUGAAGUAGCACCUAUAGAAGUUCAACCUGCAAGAGUAUUAAGUCAUCUUUACACUUAUUUGGGACGUAACAAAAAGUUGGGCUUGUCAGGAAGAAAAUCGCGUGAUGUUGGCAUUCUCAGUACUAGCAAAUUGUAUUCUUUGAAUGAUCGUAUAUUUGCGUUUACUCCCCAGAACUUCGACUACGAGGAGUACUACAUGUCGCGCGACCCGGCGCUGCUAGCCAGCACCUUCACUGCCAACGUCGCAUUUCUCGGAAUGAGCUGGAAACAGAUGCUCGGCCGGCCGACUAUCACCUUGCUGGCCACACAAUAUCUGUUAGAUCAAGGCAAAAUUCCAAUGGCUAUGAUAACGACUAUGAAAAAAUUGAAAUCGGGCUACAUUAACGGGACUAGAGUAACAUUGGGUAACCUCGGUGAAUUCUUGAGUACCUCGGCUAUCACAAAUCUGAGCUUCUUGGGCAGUCAGGAGGAAGGUUAUCCUGACAAAUUAAAUCCCCAAGUGCAAAGUUACCUGGAGGAGCACUUGCUGAAGUCGUUCAGCAACAAGAUCAGCUUCCUGUCGCGUCCGGUCGGCGCGCGCAACACCAAGCCGCUGCGCAGGCGCAUGUCAGUUAGGGGAGCUAUCAAGAAAACACGCUCCAUCAAUGUCGACUCGGAAACUCUAGGCAUGGAAGGGGAAUACGUGGGUCCCCAUCUGGAAAGGAAGCCGUCUUGGCUGGAAGUAGAUCCGAUAUUGGGCCGGAGUCCUUCACCCGAGGACGCUAAAAGAAGAGCUAUUACUAAAGGAACUUCCACAACUAGUUUAGGCAUCGUGCCUCCUACUAUUGAAGUGACUAAAGAGCAAACGCCUUCGCCACCUAAAGAAGAAGGCGCAGUAAAUAAAAACAUAUCUUCAAUAGUUCGUAACAGAACAAUAUCCGAGUCACAGAACGUCGUGUACGCGGAGCAGGAGACCGACGAGCUGAUCGCCAUGCUGAGAGAAACUGAGAGCUUGGACGAACAAGGCGAUAUUUUACAAUACCUUGUGGAUACACAGGGACUCGAAUUUAAUACAGGUAUUCUGGAAAGCGGUAAACCAGUAACGGUGAAGGAGCUUCUGAAGGCGUUAUACGAGAAGGCAUGCACUCAGAAGCUUUGGGGUCUAGUCCGACAUACCGCGGGCAUGCUGGGCAAACGCGUGGAGGACCUCGCGAAGGCCGUAACGGACCUGCUGGUGCGCCAGAAGCAGAUCACCGUGGGCAUGCCGCCCAGCAACGAGCACACCAUCACGGCGCCGCUGCCCGAGAAUGAGUUACGGCAGCUUAUACAUUUGUCAUUUCGAAGAGAAAAUCAUGACAGUGAAAAUAAAAAGGCGUACGGCGACGACGAGAGCACGGCCAUGCUGACGCAGGAGCUGCUGGUCUACCUCGCCAUGUUCAUCCGCACCGAGCCUCAGCUUUUCCUAGAAAUGCUGCGUCUGAGGGUCGGACUUAUCAUACAGGUAAUGGCAACAGAAUUAUCGCGGACAUUGUCGUGCGACGGCGAAGAGGCUUCCGAGCAUCUGCUCAACUUGUCACCUUUCGAGAUGAAGAAUUUGUUGUACCACAUACUUAGCGGAAAGGAGUUUGCUAUCAACAGCGCAAACUCCCUGUUUGUUAUAAAAGAAAAAAUCAAUAAGGACAAAGGUCGUGGAAACUUCUCUAUUGUGAGUAACAAAUCGAAUCGAUACGGAAAGAAGUCACAAAUAGUAUUAGAAGGGCAGUCUCUACAAGGCGGAAUUGAGGAUGUGCCCAUGGUGGAACAAGAUCGUCAAGGUCAGUGGCUGCGCCGGCGCAGACUGGACGGAGCCCUUAACCGAGUGCCUAGGAACUUCUAUCCCCGCGUGUGGGGGGUGUUAGAGAGGUGCCAAGGUCUGGUCAUUCAGGGUAAAGUUCUGCAACCGAACUUGACCCAAGAGAUGACGUCGGGAGAGCUGAAGUUCGCGCUGGCUGUGGAGACGGUGCUGAACUCCAUCCCGCAGCCGGAGUACCGCCAGCUGGUGGUGGAGGCGCUGAUGGUGCUGACGCUGGUGGUGGAGUACAAAGCCGUCAGCCACUUGGGGGGGAUGAUCACUGUGGAACAUUUGGUUCACAAGGCCAAUCAGAUAUUCUUGGAAGAUCAGGUAUGUUUCUAAUGACGUCAAUUUUUUUUUUAAU